AAAAAAAAGAAAAGAAGUGAAUCCAACGGCUGAGAUUAGUUUCCGUAUUAAUCCAAGGGUUUUAAUUUCUUGCCAUUAAACUCAGUAAAGCAAAAAAAAAAGAUACUUUUUUGCAUACAAACCUUAGCGACAGAGUAGGGCUGAACACCAACAACACCUCUUUUGUUUCGAUUCACACAACUUCUGUGUGUUCUACUCCUCCUCCUCUUCCGUUUCAUACGUAUUGCUGAGGAGGUUUGCUGGUGAGUUAAGUGGGAAAGAGAGCUAAAGGAGACGACUUUGUUGUUGUUGAAGAGUGCAGAUAGCUAGUGGGAGAUAGCAGGAGAAGGAACAAUCAAAAUCCAUAUGUUCUACAGCAUAGUGAGAUCACCUUUUCUAUCUUUGUGAGUUUCUAGUUCAUAUGGGUACAUAGGCGAAGAAGGAACUUGUUGUUGUGGCAGGCAAGGAUCAGAUGAAUAGUAUCUCCAUCACCGUUGGUGACCUUGAAAAGCAGCAGGACAAGGCUCCUGAAAAGCAGAGCGAGUCAGUAAAUGAGUCUGCCAAGGAAGUAAACCUCACCAUUGUUGUCUGCAAUGGAGACUCAAGCCGAGGACAUGAAACCGUGGAACUGGCUCAGAUCUAUGGACCAGCUGAGAGGGAAGAGUCUCCCAAAAAGGUUUGCUUGUCCAGGAACUCCAGCUCUCACGAGCAGUGUAGGGUUUGCCAGCAAGAGAAAGAAGAGGUUUUGAUAGAACUUGGGUGCCUUUGUCGUGGUGGCCUUGCUAAAGCCCAUAGGUCAUGCAUAGAUGCUUGGUUUCGCACAAAAGGCUCUAAUCAAUGCGAGAUCUGUCAGGCAGUAGCUGUCAACGUGCCACCUCCAGAGACCCAACCUACUACAAAUUACUGGGUUUGGAGGAUUGAUCCCAGCUAUAGACAAGAGCAGCGUGAGAGAGGAUGUUUCAGUCCUCUAUGGGUAGCAUUCUCAAUUCUGAUAGGUGGUCUAAUGCUGGAUGUGUUAAUAUCUAUCACACUUGGUGUGUCUGCACUCCCAGUUAACAUAAUCAUUGGAGUGAUAGUGGUGCUAGGGCUAGGAACAGCACUAAGACUGACACUGGAGUUCUGCUACGAGUGGAGCUUGAGAAGAGCGGUUCAGAGGGCAGUGCAGAGGAGAGAAACAGCCCUUGCUAACAUUGCAUACCCAUCUGCCUUGUAAGAGAUAAUGUCAAAGUUGGGAAAUAUCAUCUUGUGUGUUUUAGUGUGUAUGUAAAAAAAAGGGUUGUGUGGAAGACAAGUGUGAUUGUCUUAGAAUACUGAGUUUGUUGGGAGUAGUAUCAACUUUGUGUAGCUUUAAACGUUUACAAAAUUAGUAACAACCCCUAAAGCUAGCAGAAUUGCUUGAUUG